GUGCAAAAAUUCAUCUGUAAGUACGAUUGUGCGGCUCGACGGUCUCGUCCAUCCAUCCAUCCAUCCCAACGUGCAUGUUCUCUGUCGUUUGUCUGUCUGUCUGUACAAGGAAGAGAGCAGGCGGCCUCUCUCACCACGCCAGCCACAUCACGUGAAACACCGUACACACGUUAUUUACUGUGCAUCUGUCUCUCUGCCAGCUUAGCGCAGCAAAACUGAUGCACAAGACGAUACGAUCUGCCAUGCCAUGCGCACACCCGUCCAUCUCUCUACCAUUCUAGCUAGCUAGCUAUCCCUCCCCUCCCUCCAUCUGCACACACACAGCCCAGCCCACCAGUGCAAGCAGCCGGCCAGCAGCGCCUCUGCGAGCCUGCCCUGCCUGCCUGCCGCACCGCCGCCUUUACAACACGGGUGGCUAGAAGUCUAGCUAGCUAAGCCGAUCGAAUCGAUCUCUGCACACGGAACGGAACGGAACGUCAGUGUGAAAAAUCUUCUCGAUCUGUCGAUCCCUGCCCUGACCCCGCUAUCUAUCGGAUCUGCCUGACGUUGAAAGAGGCGGGGAUUCCAGCGGAAGAGACGGCCUUUCGCGGCCUGACUGCCCUGUCAGCCUCGAUGGCCUCGGCCAUCUGUUUGCCCGACAGGAUGGCCCCCUCCUGCGACCCCAGGUACCGCUGCAUUGUCCAGUCGCCGCACAAGUAAAAGUUGGAGAUGGGCGUCUUCUGGUCGGGCCGAUGGGCCUGCAUGCCAGGACGCGCCAUGUAGACGGACCGGGGCGUCUUGACCACCUUGUACUUGCGCACUUGGGCAGGGUCCCGCGCGUUGGCGCCGAAGUACUCGGGGAAGAUGAUCUCCAGCUCCUUCACAGUGGCCGCGAUGAUCUCCUCGUCAGACCUGAUCAACCCAACCGAUGAACACACAACACAUGCACACACACAUGCACAUGCAAAUGCAUCGUGUUUGUGAGCUCUCUGUUGUGAUUUCUCGUCUCGCUAAGCUGACCGUCCGAUCCAUUCCGCGGCCGGUGCGAAGAUGAGCUCCAGGUGUGACCGUUGGUCGUCCUUGUACUCAUUGCAGCACACCGACAUGUCGGCGUAGACAGACAGCAGCUUGCUCCUGCUGAAGAGGAGGUUGUUGACGUCGCUGACCUUUCUGUCCAGCCACAGGUGGAUGUUGAUCACAGGCGUCCCCUCCAGCGGCGUGAUGUUGUCAAAGAACGGCAUCGCCGCCCAUUCUGACGGCAGCAGCUUCUUUAGAAUGUCCACGGGCAUGGCGCUGGCGUAGCGGUCGGCAGUGAUGAUCUCCGGCUGCUGGCCCUUGACGCCGCGGAUCUGGAAGCCGGCGACCGUGUUGUCUUCAUUCAACAGAACCUGCUCCAGGGGCUUGUCCAGCAGCACCUUGCCGCCGGCCCUCUCGAUGUAGUCGGCGAUUGGCUGACACAGCCUCUCAGGUGGCGCUCCGUCGAGGAAGGCCAUCUUGCUGCCGUCGCCCUCCUGCAGGAACCGAUUGAGGGCCGUCAGGACGACUGUCGCGGAGAGCUGGUCGGGGUCGACGAAUGCCAGUGCCUUGCUCAUGGCGAUGAAGAUCUCCUUCUCGAUGCGUGGGGGCGCGCCCUGCAUCUUGAGCCACUCGCUGAAGGACAUCCUGUCCAUCUCCUCGACAUACUUCUGGCCCUUGGUGAUGGCCGGGAUGAGUGCAAGACCGAACUUGAUCUUCUCGGGCCACGUCAGCAUGUCGUUGUUGGUCAGAAUCGCCCAGAUGCCGUUGAAAGGACCAGGGAUAUCUGGCAGCAUCAACACAUGGAAUGCACAUACAAACACACACACGAGGUUCUUCCAUGCCAUGAUGACCCGUGCCUCUGUGAUGCUGUAUCUGUGUGCAGGUGCUGUGCUCACCAGGGAAGUCGAAUCUCGAAAACACUCCAGGUUUGUUGGGCAUGGCGAAGAUGAGUGAGUGGUUUUUCCACUGCAGGCGGUCCUGUAUGCCCAGCUCCUCAAAGAGCAUCAGCGUGUUGGGGUACGCCCCGAAGAAGAUGUGCAGACCCGUCUCGUACCAGUCACCAUCCUCGUCCUUCCACGCCGCAACCUUCCCGCCCAACACGUCCCGAGCCUCAAGCACCAGGGGGGUGUACCCCUGGUCCACCAGAUACUUGCCCGCAGACAGGCCAGCCAAGCCUGCUCCAGCCACAACGACCGUGCCCUUGCUGCCGGCUGCCGGGCUGACAUAGGUCUCCGCUGGCGUGAUCUGGCUGACACGGGAAGACGAGACGACGGGAGGCGCCUUUCUGCUUGUGGUCGGUGGCUCUGCGAUGGCUGACGCCCUCAGAGUGUUUGCAGAGGGCAUUCGUCGAAGAGAACUGCGAUAGGGACGGGCGGUGGCGUGACUGACACGGGCAGGAAGGCCGACGAAGCCGAGAGAGCUUUCCACCAGUGCUGCAUCCACCAGCAUGUCUUCAUCAUCGUCUUCGCAUUGCCGACAUGCCGCCGCAGCAGACUGCUCUGUGCGGUGUGUGACGGCGUCGACGAGAUCAACCCACUUUUCCGCCACGCCCCAGAGGUCCUCCUGUUGCCGGAUGCAGCCGAGGGCGGGGAAUAACAAGACAGAAGCGAGAAAGAUCAACACGCUCCAGCACAUCGCACCCGCUGCCAUCUUCGGACGCCUCACUCUUUCGCUGCUUUGCGGC